UGGCCCGCGUAGCCUCCGCCCGCUCCGGAUUCGCGCUCUCCGCUGCCGACCCUCGUUCUGGACGUGGUCCGCGCCAAGCCGCCGGCUCGCCGUAUCGCUGAAGCAAAGGCGUCCGUCACUACCGCUCACCGCAAGAAGCAACGUGAAGCCAUGUUCUGGUGCCAAUCGUUGCUCGUGUCAGCCGUGACAUUGCUGCUGGCUGUGGGCAGCUCGAGAGAAGCACCCUCUAUUGCGCCUACACUACCGGAGUUGCCUUUCAAGUACCACAGCAACAAGGAGAUUGCAGAGCUGCUGCAAGUUUUUCGGGAUGCCUUCCCAAACAUGACCGACCUCUAUUCCAUUGGACAGUCCGUUAACAAACAAGAACUGUGGGUUCUUCAAGUGUCAGCUGCAGAAAAAGAUCAGAUAGGAAUUCCUAAUGUCAAGCUGGUAGCCAACAUACAUGGUAAUGAACCAUCUGGACGAGAAAUUAUUUUGCAGCUUAUAAAGCUACUGCUCAGUACAUAUGGAAAUGAUGAUAGAAUUACAUGGCUGUUAGAUAAUACGAGAAUACAUUUCCUGCCUACAAUGAACCCUGAUGGUUUUGAUAAGGCAGAAGAAGGAAAAUGUGGUGAUGGCCGAGGAAGGACCAACAAGAAAGAUGUAGACCUCAACAGAAAUUUCCCAGAUGCAUUCCGAAAAAACACACAUCCAAGACAACCAGAGACUACAGCUAUUAUAAACUGGCUGGAACGUAUACCAUUUGUGUUAUCUGCUUCCCUCCACGCUGGAGCUCUUGUGGCAAAUUAUCCAUAUGACAACACACCUGAAGACACUUGGGAUGCUGCAUUUGCACUUUUGAACCAGUCUACAGAAGGACAGGACAUAACAGCCAUCUGGAAAAACUUAUCUGUUACUGGACGUAUGCAUGAGGAAUCACCAACUCCUGAUGAUGAUGUUUUUAAAUACAUAGCAUACAAGUAUGCUGCCACUCAUCCCACAAUGCAUAAUACCCACUGUGAUAGAUAUAAAGUAUUUGAACAUGGAAUAACUAAUGGGGCAGCAUGGUAUCCUCUUACAGGUGGCAUGCAAGAUUACAAUUAUUUUAAGCAUGACUGUUUUGAAAUUACACUGGAACUGUCAUGCUGCAAAUAUCCAAUAGCAAGUCAAUUGGAGGGAUUGUGGAAUAGCAACAAGGAGCCCCUUCUUCAGUUUAUUGAGCAAGUUCAUCAGGGUAUUCAUGGUGUGGUAAUUGAUGGUGAUACUGGAAUUGCUGUACCUGGAGCAAGAAUCUCAUUAAUUGGACGCAAUGUCACCUUCAACACAACACAAAGAGGAGAAUUCUGGAGAAUACUAUUAGAAGGAAUUUACACAUUAAAGAUAUCAGCACCUGGCUAUCUGGAUUACCAGUUUGAUUUACAAGUACCAGAAGGAAAUUUCACGUGGCAGAACAUAACAUUGCUCUCAAACAAUAGUAUUAACAGACAAAUGGUAAGCAACGCCUCAAGAUCUCUGGAAACUACAACAGAAACAACAGCUUCUAGCACCUAUUCAAGCACUGCAGCUCAAAGAUUACCUGAACCUCAGACAUCAACACAUCCUCUUUCACUAGCUAGGGUGCAAACUGAAGAUAUAACAACUGCAUCAAAUCAGAAUGUUGCAUCACUAACUAUUAUUGUUCCACAAGCACUCAUAUGGUUCACUGCUUGCAUUUCACUCCUGUGCACAUCACAACUGUUACAAAAUCUUUAAAGUAUGUGAGUUCUGUUUUACUUUAAAUAUAAACUGAUUGUUUUGAUCAAAUUGAUCUUGUGUUGAAUUGUUCAUUUGUUUGAAGCUGUAGAUGCAAACUGUGUGGCAGUGUCAGCAUGUACUCCUACAGCUCAUUGGCAUAAACUACUCAAACUGACUUGAGGAAAUUAGUGUUACAAAUGAUUUCCUGUGAGUAUCAUUUUAGUGACACUGAGUAAAAAUAUGCAAAUGACAGUUACUUCUGUUAUUCUGGGAUGUAUUUUAGUGGUCCCCCAAUGAUGAAGUUUUUCCUGCGUACUUUCAAGCAUACUUAAAGACAACAUACAGACUCGUCAUCUGUUCAUAAAACAUAUUUAGUGUCAAAAAUGUAUGUUGUUACAAUGCAAGGAGUUUAAUGUUAUUCUGAAACUGCUCAACUGUCACAUCAGAAAAAGUUCCUACUGAUAUUGCAUUACCAGCAUAUAUUGUUAACUUAUGAAGUAACUGAAUGAAGCUCAAUAGGCAAGCAGUAGUUCAUAAGUUUUGCCACAGUGUAGUGAUAGCUAAAAAAAGAAGUUAUAAAAGAGAAAGGUACAGUAUGAUGAGAUUUUCAAUUUUAGAGGGUACAAAUUCCCUCACUGCAUCUUUUCUGGCUGUGUACCUGCAACAUUUUAAAGACAGGUGAGCUCUGCACUGUGUGUUUUGCAACUGAAACAGAAUGUGUUGGUUAGCUAUUCAAAUAUGUUAUCUGUGAUAUUCUCAAGUAAAACAAGAAUUAUUCAUUAAAGCCAAAGACACACACACACACACACACACACACACACACACACACACACACACACACACACACACACACACACACACACACACACACACAUU